AUGAACAUGUUAAACGUAGAAGACUACAGCUUUCACGUCACACGUGAAGGAUACUCCCAUCUGAGUGACUCAGGAUGGGAGAUAGUCGGCUGCAUGAGUCUGCUCAUGGUCAAACCCGCCAUCAGUGGCAUGUUGGAGUCUCUAAACAGAGACCAGCAACAUACUGCUAUCAACAAGCUCCUAAAAGGGGAACUUGUUGUCGAAAUACGGAAGAUAGCCUUGCUACAACAGAAAGGCUUUCAUCAGCCGAUGGGCGGGCCGACGCACAUGCGUCGACCCGAAACCUCGAAGCUAGAUAUCUCAAGGUACAGGAGAACCGAUGAAGAUUCCCUUUUGAGAUGGUUCGUCGAGUUAGACGACGCCAUAAGGGCCCGUCAAAUCGAGGAUGACGAGAUGCUAGUCACCUUCUCCCUGUCAAACUUGACAGGACGAGCAAAGACUUGGGCCUUAGGGCUCAAGCUUCACGAUCCAAACGUGUUUGAGCUGUUAGAGAUCAUAAGGUCUCAGCUCAAAGAAACGUUUGAGCCACCACGGGCCAAGUUCAGAGCACGCUCUGCACUCCUAAGGCUCAAGCAAGGUAAGCGUGAUGUGCACGAUUACGCACAACACCUACGCUACUUUGCGAGUAGCGCCGCGAAAACCCCUGUUGAUGAGCACACGCUCAUAAACGUGUUCAUCCACGGCCUUACAGACGGACCGGUGAAGACCUACAUGUUCCGAGAGGACUUCCAUACUCUGGAAAAGGCGAUAGCGUAUGCGGAACAAGAGGACUUCAGCCUGAGACAGUCUCAGGCUACCUCGUCAAACUAUCGAUCGACGAGACGACAGAAAAAUGGAGGCCCCGGUUCUUUGAACCUCUGUUAUAUCGAGAGCGAGAACUCUCGCUCUCUGAGUCACAAGCAGACGGCGAGAUGCCAUCGCUAUCAGAAGAUUGGGUACUACGCUCGUUAG